AUGCCCGACGAUUGUCAUUUCGCUCCCCUGCGGAGUGAUUCGCUCGGCCAGCGUGCAGCGCGUAGCGCCGUCGAGUCACCUGACGAUGGGGCUGAGAUGCUCUCACGACGUGGCUCGCUUUCGCCGAUCCUGAGACAGGACAUGGGUCGUGGCAUUCCCGUUGCUGGCAUCAUGACCCUGGUUGCAGGGCGGUCGGAGCAGGCGGAGGUCGAAGGGACGAGCCAUGGCGUCUCAUGGAGCACCAGCAACCCCGCCCAGACCCUGUGUGGGCCAAACCGUUCCUCCAUGAUCCAGAUGGUGUUAGUCCAGGUGUUUGCUCUGGACCAGCUUCACGAGAAGACCACCGUGUCACGGUCGAGAGAAGUGGUCGGUCUUCAGCGAUGUCGGGUCUAUGGAACGCGACCGACGGGUAGUUUCUGGAACCCGCUCGAACUGCACAGCAGGUAA